AGUAGUUAUUUUAUUAGAAUACUAUGAAUCGUGUUAUUAAUCGUGUUAUUAAUUAAUAUGAAUCGUGUUAUUAAUCUUAUAAAACUUCUUAAUCUACGGUUUUUUUCUGUGUCAUUUCCUUUCAGAAACAGAGAAACCAUAACGAGCAAUCUAUCAGCAAUUUUCACGUGAAGAGGACAACUGGAGUAUGGUAACCAUGGUAACGGGAUGGCACAGCGGAUGACAUCCAUGUGACACAUACAAAAUUAGUUGGUUAUUUUUUGUACACUCAUAAAUAUGGACAUCGACCUUGGUGGAACUGAGUGAAGAACUUCAUAUGGUACGAAUCGUGUCGGAGAAACAUACCCUUCUUAAAAUAGCAAAACAUUAUUUCAAAUAUGUCAAAUGGAUUUGAAAAUAACCAAGUAAUCAUAAAUAAUGACUUUUGAACAAGCACUUUCUGAGACUUGUGCGCAGCAUGGAACUGCAAUUGGUGGCCUUGGUCUGGAUGAUGUGGACAUUCUUCGAUGUUUCAGGUGACCAUGUCAAUCACCAUGAUAUCACGUACAGGAAGGAUGGUGAUCUCAUUAUUGGCGGGUUGUUCCCAGUCCAUGAGACGGGUACAUCGGGACAGAGGUGCGGCCAACUCCGGGAGACAGAGACAUUGCAUCGGUUGGAAGCCAUGGCGUGGGCCAUAAAUGACUUCAACAACCGAUCAGACAUACUGCCUGGGGUUCAGCUUGGCUUCGAGAUCAGGGACACCUGUUCCGAUGUCUCCAUGACGCAAAUUGGUGCCUUGAAAUUCCUUCCGUCAGAGUUCACCCGCGAUGACGUCUGUCCCGUGCAGACCAACCAGAACAUGUCCGAAGGUAGCCCAAUCAUAGGUGUAGUGGGAACGGAGAUGAGCAAAACAACGAUGUCCGCAGCUCAGCUUCUUGGUUUAAAUCACAUUCCUGUUGUUAGUUAUUACGCAACAAGCGAUGAUCUAUCCGACAUGAUAGAGUUUCCGUAUUUCUUGAGAGUAGUCCCACCUGAUAGACUUCAGGUUCAGGCGAUGUUAGAGAUCAUCCGGACACAUGGAUGGUCGUAUAUAUAUCUUUUGUAUUCUGAUGACAACUAUGGGACAAACGCUUACCAAGAGAUUGUACGCGGUGCAGAUGACAUCGGCGUCUGUCUCGCAGAAGCUUUUGAAAUUGGACCUCACUUGACAGAGGAAGACUUUGAUGAUAUUGUCUUGGACAUGCAGAUGAGACCACAAGCAAAGGUCGUGAUCCUCUUUAUACAUGUUGAACAUGCUAACAGCUUUCUUGCCGCAGUGAGGAGAAUUGGAGCAGUUGGUGAAUAUCAGAUUUUAGGAAGUGAUGGAUGGGGAAUGAGUAUAGGGGAAAUUGAGCCGUUGAAUAGAAGGGGAGCUCUCGGGUCACUCAAAACUCAUCUUUUCUCGGCUCACGUGCAGGAGUUUGAAGACCAUUUCCUGAAACUGACGCCGUCAAAUUCACCCGAGAAUCCAUGGUUUGGAGACUACUGGAAUUCCAGUAGGAACUGUUCGUUAAUCAAGCAUGGGGCAUCAUGCCUCUCAAGCCCAGGUUUUAGUGCUGGAAGUGCGGUAUCUUUAGUGAUAGAUGCAGUUACCACCUUGGCUCUGGGUCUUUCUGAAAUGCACAAUGACCUAUGUGAAGGCCAGCCUGGGAUCUGCCAAGCAAUGAUGCCGUUGGAUACCGCACUUCUCUUUGACUACAUGACUAACCAAUCAUUUAAGGGUCAGUCAGGUUAUGUGAUCUUUGACAGUGGUGGCGAUGCCAUCGGUCGCUAUGUCAUUGACAAUAUUCAGGUCAAAGACGGCAACUAUGAGUUGGUGAUGGUUGGUCUAUGGAAUGCAAUCCGGGGAAACUUACUGUUGAUGAACGACUCCGAUGUGAUCUGGGGACCAGAUGAUCAUCGCAUGAACGGGACUGCACCAAUGUCGUACUGUAGCGAUCCCUGCGGCAUUGGUCAAAUAUACAUCCCUCGAGAAAACUUCUGCUGCUGGUCAUGCUUGAAUUGCUCUGAGGAUGAGAUCACUAUUCUGAAUCAGACAGUUUGUAUGGAAUGCGCCAAAAGUGCUGCUCCUGAUGAUAAACGCCUAAGCUGCAUUCCCGUAGAAGCCAAGUACAUCCUAUGGAAUAACCCGUUGGCGAUCAUGUUGACAGUUUUAGCGGUGGGCGGACUUUGUCUGGUUUCGAUGGUGCUCUACUUGUACGUCCGCAAUAGACAGAACUUAUUAAUCAAAGCCUCCAGUCGCGAACUAUGUAGUAUCAUUCUAGUUGGGAUUUAUCUCUCUUACAUUCUGGUCUUUAUUCUAAUCGCUAAGCCGACUUUCGGCUUCUGUCUCGUCUCUCGCAUGAUGCUCAUGCUUUCCUUUACAAUCAUCUACGCGCCUAUAUUGACGAGAGUCAACCGGAUAUACCGAAUCUUUGAUCGAGCCCAAAGGUCGGUUAGGAGACCUGGUUGCAUCAGCCCGACAUCCCAGGCAACCAUUGCCGUCAUCCUUAUUGGCAUCCAGGUUCUGGUGAAUACUGUAUGGUUGAUCAUCGUACCCCCUGCAGCUAUCGAGGAGGUGGUUGCCCCACAACAAGUUGAACUCAUAUGCAAUUUUUCAAGCGAAGAGAUCAUCACCUCGCUCAGCUACAACUUCAUCCUGAUCACCCUGUGCAGCAGCUACGCCUUCCUGACGCGCAAGGUGCCCAACAACUACAACGAGUCUCGGUUCAUCGGCCUCUGCGUCUACACGGUUCUCGUUAUCUGGAUCGGUUUCAUAUCCAGUUACUUCGCAAUCAACGAUUCCAAACUCAAGGUCGUCGUCCUCUCUCUUGCCAUGAUCUGCAACGGGACCAUCACUCUCUGUUUCAUGUUCCUGUCCAAGCUUUACGCUAUCUAUUUCGAGAAGGAGGUCAUCAUAAACCCUACAACCUACGACGGAUCCGCCAGAGGUGCCACGACUGGAGAGACCAGUGAGGGCAAGCAAGAUAUCGAUGUCCACGUCGAGGAAGGGGUCGGUUGCGGAGACGAGAAAAGAGGGAUCUCCAAAUUUCGGAAGGCGAAAGUUCGGCCAUCGGGAGAGGGCAUCCAGGCAAAGAAGUCUUACGGCGUAGCGUCGAAUGAGAAAACUGCAAAAGGACGUCUGAAUUCACCUCGAGAGGACAGGUGCUCAACUAUAUCCGGAUCAGAAAGCAGCUGCAGCUGACUAUAGCGCAACAAAGGAUAAUUCGUUGACAUAAAAUAGCCGUGGCGAUGGUUGAAUUCUUACACGAUGAGGUAGAUUGAAAUAGGGAAGUUCUUUUUCGGUGUUAGAUGAAUAGGGAAAUAGACGGAAGUAGAGCACAAAUAAACACAAAAUAAUUAUCCCGACGUCAGAAUAAAAGUACUUGAUGAAGGCCUUCGACUGAAACCUCAGAACAAUGUCUUGUCUCCCAUACUGUUUAUAGUUCUGGUUUAUCUGUCUUUUUUCUAACACUAUAGCUAAUCUCAUUGCCUUAAUUCCUUGCCCAUGUUGUAGCUAAUAGAUUAAAAUCUAGAAAAAAAAAUGUGGCAAUAGCUAUAUGAGCUGUAGAAAUGAAUUGGAAUUUUACGUUUUGUUUUCUUAAUGAUUAUUCUAUGUGCACUUUGACUCCAUCAAAAAGUUCAUUCCACAUGAUAUUAAUGAAUAUGAAUGAAUGAGGUCAUGAGCAAUCACAUGGGAAGAUUUAUAUACAUGCGUUAUGAUAGUAAUGAAAACGAUGAUGAUGAUUUUUUUUUACAGCUACACAAAUUCUGGUCAAUAAAAGCAUUUAUAUUUAUUUUGAUAAAAGAGCACAGUCGAUUUGCUGCCUUGCCCAUGGGCAUAGGAGCCGUGGCCGGGGAUCGAAUCUCAGAGUUUCAUAGGUCUUGCCAGGCGCCUUAGACCACUCGGCCACGGUACCUUCAACAUGAUGAUGCUGAUAAGGAUAACGAUAGUUACGAUGAACUUGCCGAUAGUUUUGUUGUCUUUUGACAUGGAGUAACAUGGUCAUCAUCAGAUUCAUCACCAUGAUCGUCAUCACCAUCAUCAAUAUCGACCAACACCAUCAUGGUAUCACUACCACUUCCCCAACGGCUAGAAACAUCACCACCCUCUUUCUUUUUCAUCACAAUAUUCAUCGCCGACACCACCAUCAUCGUCGUCAUCAUCAUUAUCGUCAAAAUAAUCUUCUUCACUCGCACCAUCAUUAUUGUCAUCACCGUUGUCGUCAUCGCCAUCAAUUCCUCAAAAAACACCAUUAUCACAACCACAACCACCACACCAUCAGAAGUAUCGAUACAUUUUGUCCCAUUAAACUGGUUGAUUUGAUUGAACAUUGCACAUGACCCCCCAAAGGACACUGUCACGACGGCCUUGAAUUGUCUAUUUUUAUACACUUGAAAAUUUUAUCUCAUUUUGUAUAUAAUCAUAUCAUGCACUGAUGUUCACUUGUAUAACGUGAGGUAGGAAAAGACUGUAAAGAUGUACAAGUUCAUGAAAAUCAAAACGAAAUAAAAAAAAAGAGAGAAAAUGAAUAUUAAUUAGUUUUGGAAGCCUAUAAGCAUGAAACAUUGAGGUUUCCGACCAAACGUCUUGGUUUUUAUUAUGAUUGUUACAAGAAAGUUGAGGUUUGAAAUCGUGACUCUAUCCAAGGAUAGUCGGGCCAGACAUGGUUUGGAAGAUGCUCAGCUCGACUGUUUGAGUGGCAUGAAUUCCCGUGAUCAUCCAAUUAUGCUGCUUGUGGUGGCAUGCAUAACUUGCAAAUGAAACGAGAAAUUUCACCACUGAUCUGGAGUAUCAGGCAUAAUACCUCGUGUAGGGCCUAUGGCAUUGUCCUGGUGAUAUUUCUGUGAUGUGAAUAAUUCAUCAAAUUGGGGGAGAUUUCUACUCCUUGGGGCCUAUGCAAAGUGAAAAUACUGCAAUAACGGACUCACAAAUACAUGCUAUAUGAUAUUAAGGGGGGUAAAUAAUUAAAAACUUCAAAAUGGUUAUUUCAUGAGAAGUGUCCGAUACGCUAAUUCCUCCAAUACACUAUACAGUGCGUAUCAAUAAAAAGUUUAUACUUCGAGUCCUGGGAAUUGAGAAAUAUAGGGUACCCUACAUCAUGAGGGUAAUUUUUUCACAUGUAUUCUUAGGUCUGGGUCUCAUCUCUCAAAUGAAAAUAAAAAUUUUGACAGAAUGUUGCACUUGAGUGAGCACUGUCCAUUUUUGUAAAUCUCGCAUAAAUCGGUUUGCGCAGAAAUGCUAAUUUUCACGCUGUGUCAAGGAAAAAAUGCGUAAACCAACUGACCGUUUGGUACCUUAUUCAUCCAUAUCUUUUGCAUUUCUAACGAAUUGAAAUAGAACAGGUAACAUUUAAAUGUUUUGUAACAACUUUGCCACCCAAAUUAACAUUUUAAUCCUUGGUAAGCACAACCUUUACCCUUUUUUGUGCCAGGUGGAUCAGAGAACACAA